ACAGGUAACGAGCUACGAGUGAUUGAGAUUCCCAGUAAGCGGACUACAUCCUGUUGUUUUGGAGGAGAUAACUUUGACGACCUUUAUGUAACCUCAUGUGCCAAACAUGUAUCAGUGGAGGAACUCACGUUGAGCGAGGUUCUGAAAGAGGAACCACUUGCGGGAUCUGUGUUCAGAGUUACAGGACUUGGGGUCAGAGGUCAAGCAGCUAGCAAAUACACUGGAUGAGUGAUGCUGCUAGCUGGUUUAGAUAUGAAUUGAGGGACAGAUUACUGGUUCAAAGUUCAAAUUUAGGGAUAGUUGAUUGAGUCAAUGUUUAAAUUUAGGGAUCGAUGACUAGGUCAAUAUGCACUGGCCCUGGGAUUGGUGGUCAUUGUCCGGAAUCUUUAGGUAUUAUACUGUGUAACUUACAACAACCAGUAUUUCCUUAAAUUAGAAGCAUUAAUGACAUGUCAUGUCUCUCAUCUUCUGAACCCACUCAGUGUAAUGGUGCUAGGGAAAGUGUCGGUCUGAAGACUUGUACAAUGUAUUGUCAUUCUAUUGAUACUGGGUAAACACAAGUACACAUUCCUCUAAAUUACUUUUUUUACAAAUUUUAUCUAACUCUGACUCACUACCAAAUAUUGUUUACUUUUUUGUUUCAAUAAGAAACAAGAGACCUUGUUCUCAAGGUAAAAGUAUUUGAACACUCUGUGUUGUUUAGAGCAUGAAAAGAAAAAUGUCAGGUGUACUGACAGGAUGUAAUUCCUUCUAGAACUAAUUAAUGUUUAUGGCCAAAGAGAAAAGACAAAAUGGUCUUAUGAAUUACAACGGACAUUUUUUCUGAAUUGAUAAGUUAAGAAAUAAGCAAGUCUUAAACAUCAUGGGAUUUUCCUACAUAAGCUAUAGAAAAGUUUAGCACCUCUCCAGGGAGGAACAUGAAACCUAUAGCCCAUGAAAUUAACAAUUGGAUAAAUCACCUUAAGACAUUUCCAUCUAUAAAGAUCAUUUGAUUAAACCUUGAGAAGAUUUUUCAAGUUCCUAUCAAUUUGACCAAAAACAUGAGAUGUACAUCCACCAGGAAAUGAUCUGAUAUGUUAUUCAUCUGACGGUCGAUUUCAUACGCUAUACCUUUGUUUUCUCUUCUUUUUCUCUUCAUUUCCAUCCUUUGACCAGUCAUUUGAUUACUGUUACCUUGAACUUUGUUGGACAAGGUCAACUAUUUGCAUAACUAUUGCAGCCAGUAACUCAUGUGCUAAUUAUCAAGUGUUGUCAUUUGUCACAGAAAUGAAAGAAAAACAUUUGAAUUGAAAUUUAUGGAUAAUUUUAAAUUUUGGUGGGAAAACAUUCUUCAAAGUGCCAUAUCUGCAUCAGUUUUGAUGAUUUGACCUUGAAACCUUGCACACACCUUCAUAACAGCAGGUUCUUUAAAGUGUGACCAAAAUAAACCAUUGUGAAAGAAC